AUGGCUGAUAUUGAAUUUAACCCUAAUGUCAUUUAUAAUAAGCUCGUAAACCUACGUGCUAAGCCACAAUCGAGUGGCAAGUUAGCGAAUGGAGAAUUACAACCAGUCUCUUCUCUUCGGAUUGAUGUUACAUCCGUAACCAAAGAUGUUAAUCGUUUUCGUGCUUGUGAUGGUAGUGCUUGUUUUUAUUGUAGAGAAUGGGCAAUUUUCAUUUAUAAAAAGAAUUUUACUUGGAUGGCAGCUGCGAAGACUACUAUCAAUAAUAACGUAAUUAAAGUUGAUAAUAAUCUCUUAGAUGAACAAAAAAAAAUUGCUUCAAUUGUUUGUCAACAAUUUAAUGAACUUAUUCUUAAAUAUGAUGAUGAAAAAAUUAGAACUAAUAGUUCUGAUAAUGAUUUAGAAAAUAUUAUCGAUAUUAUGGUUCAUAAAAUUUUGGCUUGGAUAAAGGCUCCUAAUCGUUUGUAUAUUAUUCCGGAUAUUUUUUCUAAUGUUGAAUUUGAUUUAUCUAAAUUUAUUUCAUCUUCAACUCAUGAUAAAGAUCGUGAUCUUAUUUGUAUACUUGAUUCUAUUGAGAUUGAAAAAUCUCAUUAUCAAAUUUUAAAACCUCAUUUUCAUUUAUUGAAAUUAACGAAUCCACCACAACAAUGUCAUCAUACAAGGCCAGAAUGGAAAGUUCCAACUGAUCUUGAUCUUGAUCGUCGUGUAUUCAAUGAUCUUUUAUUUAAAGAGAAAUCUCAAAAUGAUGAAAUAUUAAAAGAAGGUUUAUCUCAAGUUUGGUCUUAUGUUACCAAUUUUUUAACUUCUAUACUUCAAAUAGAAGCAAAUAGAGAUCAAAUUUUUGGUAAAGGUUGUUUGACAAAUAUGGAUAAUUUUAUGAAAGAAUAUCAAGAUGAAUCUCUUCCUUUCAAAGAUUAUUGGGCUCCUAUCGCUGAAGCAUAUAAAAAGACUCCAAAAUCUAAAAAAGCAAAUCUUUCUUCUACAACUGAUACUGUAGAUGAUAUUGAUGCUGCUUUUAGAACUUAUAUACAUAAUGCUAAAACCGUUAUUUCUUUUUGGGAAGAAGGUUUUAUCGAAAAGGUUUUAACCAAUGCUAUUCAAUUUAGUGAAGAAACUCAAUGUAUUUUACUAGGAUUUCUUGUUGAUUUUCAGAGUAGAAUAACAAAUAUUCCAAUUAAAGAAUCUAUCGAUGAAAUUUUAACAAAAUGUGGUAAUGCUUUAAUCGUGGUUAAAGAUAUUAAAUUAAUGGUAUCAAAAAGGAUAUCAAUUAUGCGUUCAGAUAUUUCUAAAAAGAGUAAAGAAUUAAUUCAAGAACUUGAAGCACUUGAUGAAUCUUGGAAAACUCAAUCUCAACGAACAACUCAAGGUCGAUUGGAAAAAGCAAAUAAUAAAGAAUUUAGAAAACGAAUUAAAAAAUUUGAAAGUACGGUGCAAUCAACGAGACAAGCGGCAGUUACCGCAAUCGGUGCUUUGUUUCCAGUCACAAACCUUGCUAGUAUUUGUACUAAUUGUUUAGAAAUAUUAAUGACUGAAGGUGAAAUUAUGGAAGCAAUUCAAUUGGAAAAACAUUAUAAAAAUUAUGAAGUCACCGCUAAAAAAUUUCAAGAGCAACGUGAAGCUCUUUUAAAAGACUUUGAACAAGGUGUUGAGACUGGUCGCAAGGUAUUGGCGGGAAUUUUUGGACGUUUAUUUCUCAAAGAAGCUUGGGGAUUGAUUGCUGAAACUUUAGCAUUAAAGAAACAAGAUGCUUUUUUGCAAUUAAUGGAUAAGGGAAAAACGGAGACAGUGAAAAAAAAGAAAUCUGAUAAAGAUGCUAGUAAUGGUGCAUCACAAUCUGUAGACAAUCCUGUUCCAACUGAAGUUUCAAAAAAGAAUAAAAAGAAAAAGCGAAAAAGUUCUAGCAGUGUAACGACAAUUUCAUCAGGUGAUAAUCAAUCUGUCACUGUACAGCAAGACAAUAAUUUAGUGUUAUCACAAGAACCUGAGCUUCAAUCAAAUGAACCUUCUACGUCGCAAAACUCUUGUCACGCUGAAGAGCAGAAACCUUUAAUAGGCACGAUGACAGACAAUAAUUUAAACAAUAAUACAAAUUCCACUCAAUAUUUAAAUAUAGAAAAAUCUUCAGUUUUAAAUUCAUCACAAUCGCAAGAUUUCUCAGAAUUGUAUCCACGUGAAUUUCAAGAUAGUAAUAAAUCUUCCAACGAAGAAAAUAUAAACAAGUCUCCGGUUUUAGAUUCAUCACAAGAUUCCUCAGAAAUGCAAGCUACGAGUCCACAUGAAUUUCAAGAAUCUUCCCAGAAUCGUAUUUCUACACCGCCUGGCCUUAAUACGAGUACGAACAGCACACCACGGUUAAAUCAAGGUUCUGUUGCUAAAGGGAAUAAUUCAACUCACGAAGGUCUUGUAGACUUUGAUAAUUUUAGUCGAGCAGAUUUAAUUUUACUUAUCCAAAAUCUAUUAAGCGAAAAAACACAGUUGGUUAAAACACUUGUUUCCAUGCAACAAGAAGUAAAGGCUGUUACAGAUCGUUACACUAAUUUAAUGGAGAUGAGUCGAGAACGAGAAUUCCAAACUUUUCAAUUAUUUGAAGCACAUAAAAAACUAGAGAUGGAUGAAGCAACCAAGUAUAUUCAAAAGUUGGAAGCACGAAUUAGUCAAUUAGAAAAAAAUAAUGUUAGAAGUAUUAAUGGAGAGUAUAUAGACCCAUGGAAUAGUCAUAUCACCGGAUCUCGAUCAAACGUGAGGUGUGGAAAUUGUGGUGGUCAAAAUCAUAUAAGUCAAGAAUGUAUUACAGGGUGUCGUUAUUGUGGUGAUCCUGGACAUUUGAGCGAACUUUGUAGUUCAUCUGAUGAUUAUAAAAUUAAAGAUGAUCCGACUACUAAUGACAGUGAUGAUUAUAAAAUUAAAGAAGAAUCGAAAAAAGAACGAAUUACAAUAGUUUUAAACGAAAAAGAUUUGACAGAAUCGUUCGUUAAAGGAUCAGGAAAUGGUGGACAAAAAAUAAACAAAACGUCGAAUUGUGUUGAUUUGAGACAUGUGCCGACCGGAAUUAGAGUCGUGUGCCAGCAAACACGGUCAUUACAACAAAAUCGAUCGAUAGCAAGAAAGUUAAUGAUUGAAAAGUUGGAUGAUUAUUAUAAUGGGGAUCAAAGCAAGUCGGCUAUUAAAAGAGAGAUUGCUAAAAAAAGGGAAGCAAAGAGGAGGAAAAGAGCUAGAGAGAAAUAUGGAAUUACGAAAAGUAAAGAAGAAACAUCGAUUGAAUAA